AAAUGCACAAAUAUAUUAUAUUGCACAAACAAAUUUAUUAAGAUAAAAUUAAAACGUUUCUGAAGAGCUUGGCAAGGUACAAUAUUGCUGUGAAUGAAGGGCGUCAAAGGGCGUCGUCUUAAUAAAAAUAUCUUGAUAAUAAAUUACAUUUGAAUCGGCAUAUUCGAUAUCGAUUAUCAGGUGACUUCAAUGAAUCUGACAAGGUUUCCUCUGCCUUUCAGGGGCCACCAGGAUUAGACGGCAUGAAGGGUGCACAAGGAGAACCAGGGACAAAGGGAGAAAGAGGGGAUCCUGGCCUACCUGGUACCGAUGGAAUUCCUGGCGCGGAGGGACCGAAGGGAGAGAAAGGUGCUAAAGGCGAAUCUGGACCGCCGGGGAAACGGGGUAGGAAAGGCGACAAAGGCAACAAAGGAGAUCAGGGUGUACCCGGCCUCGAUGCUCCCUGUCCAUUAGGGGCCGACGGACUUCCGCUGGCAGGAUGCGGUUGGAGGCCACCCCAGCAGGACAUCACUAGCACCUCGAUACCAGCUGUCGAAGGUCCUGAACCUGCAGAAACGGAUUACGAGGAGCCGGAAGAGGAAUACGAGGAGUAUACGGAUCCGAAUGGAAAUCUAGCCGAGCAAUAAUUGCUCGUUGUGCGCUGCCCUAAUCACUACCAACAACUACCACCACUACUACCACUACCAUCACCACUACAACCACCAAUACCACCACAGCCAUCGCCCUCAUCACUCGUCUCACCUUGCUCUCCCAAACUAACGUGGUCCUGAGAAGAAGGAAUAUUCUUCACGAUUGGCUAGAAGAGGAAGCGCAAAAGGAGGAAGGGCAGUGAUACAAACGCAUUAAAAGAAGAUAGUUCACAUAUUUUCGAGGACCUCUGUGUGUAUACUCCAUCGUAAAAAAAAAGGAAAAGAGAAAGAAAAAAAAAAAACAAAAAAAACAAAAAA